CUCGCCCGCCCCGGAAGUGCAAACUGUGUGGUCUGGCUGGUGUGGAUUCCGCCGGUAAAGGCUGAAGGCAGCUACCUUAAAGAUGCCGGGAUCCGCAGCGAAGGGCUCGGAGUUGUCAGAGAGGAUCGAGAGCUUCGUGGAGACCCUGAAGCGGGGUGGUGGGCCGCGCAGCUCCGAGGAAAUGGCUCGGGAGACCCUGGGGCUGCUGCGCCAGAUCAUCACAGACCACCGCUGGAGCAACGCGGGGGAGCUGAUGGAGCUGAUCCGCAGAGAGGGCAGGAGGAUGACGGCCGCUCAGCCCUCCGAGACCACCGUGGGCAACAUGGUGCGGAGAGUGCUCAAGAUUAUCAGGGAGGAGUAUGGCAGACUCCAUGGACGCAGCGACGAGAGUGAUCAGCAGGAGUCCCUGCACAAACUGUUGACAUCCGGAGGCCUGAACGAGGAUUUCAGCUUCCAUUAUGCCCAGCUCCAGUCCAACAUCAUUGAGGCGAUUAGUGAGCUGCUAGUGGAGCUGGAAGGGACAACGGAGAACAUUGCAGCCCAGGCUCUGGAGCACAUUCACUCCAAUGAGGUGAUCAUGACCAUUGGCUUCUCCCGAACAGUAGAGGCCUUCCUCAAAGAGGCUGCCCGAAAGAGGAAAUUCCAUGUCAUUGUAGCAGAGUGUGCUCCUUUCUGCCAGGGUCAUGAGAUGGCUGUGAAUUUGUCCAAAGCAGGUAUUGAGACAACUGUCAUGACUGAUGCUGCCAUUUUUGCCGUUAUGUCAAGAGUCAACAAGGUGAUCAUUGGCACGAAGACCAUCCUGGCCAAUGGGGCCCUGAGAGCUGUGACAGGAACUCACACUCUGGCACUGGCAGCAAAACACCAUUCCACCCCACUCAUCGUCUGUGCACCUAUGUUCAAACUUUCCCCACAGUUCCCCAAUGAGGAAGACUCAUUUCAUAAGUUUGUGGCUCCUGAAGAAGUCCUGCCAUUCACAGAAGGGGACAUUCUGGAAAAGGUCAGCGUGCAUUGCCCUGUGUUUGACUACGUCCCCCCAGAGCUCAUUACCCUCUUUAUCUCCAACAUUGGUGGGAAUGCACCUUCCUACAUCUACCGCCUGAUGAGUGAACUCUACCAUCCUGAUGAUCAUGUUUUAUGACCGACCACAGGUGUCCUAAGCAGAGAUUGCUUAGGCAGAUACAGAAUGAAAAGGAGACUUGAGUGUUGCUGCUGAAACACAUCCUUGCAAUGUGGGAGUGCACAGGAGUCCACCUAAAAAAAAAUCCUUGAUACUGUUGCCUGCCUUUUUAGUCACCCCGUAACAAGGGCACACAUCCAGGACUGUGUCUUGCCUUUCAGAUCUUAACAGAGCAGCAGGGCUUAACCUGUUGAUUUUGGAGCCUCUUAGUGACCUGGUUGUGUCUGUGUCAGGAACUUAAACUUUCUGGUUCAGUAGUGUGUUAAACAUAACACUGAAUACCUUGCUGGGAUACAGAUUUUUGCUCAGAAAUGGCUACGAUACUUCUUCUAGGCUCUAGCAAUAAAAGCCACUUGAAGGUUCCA